AUGCAUCCCCUUAAUCGUUCUUUAAAACAGUGUCUUUCUGGAACAAUACCACGAACAACCAGAGCUGGCAGUUCCACCCUCUCAAAUAACGUUGCUGAAAAAGAUGCUGCACUUCUCAGUCUAAAAGAUGCCCAGGAUGGCUUUGGUAAAUACCAUCCUAAGGCUACUGCAAUUUCAGAUAUUCUCUCUUCUCAAGAUCUAAGUGAACGGAAGCAGAAUUUUCCUCGACUGUUAGAGGUCCAUCAAGAAGCAAAUGAUGAAGUUGAUUUGACAGUAGAAUCGGAUCUUCCAUGUAAUCUCAACUCUUCCACGUCCUUCGUUCGUAAAGGCAGCGGUUUAACAGCAUCUGUUCGCCUGGGACCUUCAGUUAAUUCAAUAAAUAACAUUGACCACGUGCAACAAGAAUCAAAUAGCGGGAUUCGGCCCUCGUGUGCUUUCAUACCAAAUUGUUCUGGUCCCUCCUCGCAGAUCUCAGCAGCCCAGUCGACUGUUAAACCAUCAUCUGUUGCUAUGGCUAUGCUCUCCACAGGCCACGCACAUAUGACACAUUCAGAUACAGCAAGUUCUGGUCGCGAUGACCUACAAUCUUCCGGACUAAAUGGAGGCAGCCUCACGGCAACAAAUUGCUGCUGUCUAGAUGCACACUAUUUGACCGUGUUGCUUGGACUCAGUCUUCUGUUGGCAGGGCUGCUGAUGCUCUUGGCUGCAGACCGACACGUAAAGCCGGCAUGGUUAUUCUCCAGGUUGGUAUACUUUCGAAGUAUUAUGUUCUGA